AUGGCUGACUCGGGUACUACUUCCUUUUCGAAAGACUCGCUAAAUUCCCACCUCAUCCCCAACCUCCCUCCUUCAAUGUACUACAUCCCCUCAUUCAUCACUCCCUCGGAAGAACAAUCUCUCCUUCAAAAGAUUCCCUCAAAUCGGUGGGUCCAACUCUCCAAUCGCCGACUGCAAGCCCAUCCCGUACGUCUCACGGCGAACAACACCCUGCUCGCAUCCUCUCCUCUUCCGAAUUGGCUUGUGAAUCCGGUGGUCGAGAGAAUUCAUGCCCUCGGCGUGUUUGACGAUGCAAAGGGGGUGAAUCAUUGUUUGGUGAAUGAGUAUGAACCGGGACAGGGGAUUAUGGCGCAUGAAGAUGGACCAGCUUACCACCCCGUCGUAGCGACGGUCAGUCUAGGCGGUAGCACAGUUCUCGACAUCACUCCGAAACCGCAGUCCGACUCCUCAUUUUGCCAAAACGAUGAAGCAGGCGAUGAGACACCUCCUCGGACUUAUCGCAUUUUUCAAGAACCUCGCUCGUUGCUGCUGACGACUUCAACCGCUUACACGUCUACGCUUCAUGGGAUAGCAGAGGUGUCGAGUGAUGAAGACUUGAAUGCGAGUUCCGUGGCGAAUUGGGAUCUACUUGGUCAGAAACCUGAGGGCGGAAGUAGGGAGCGAACUACGAGGGUGAGUCUCACCUUUCGAGAGGUGUUGAAGGUGGCGAAGGUGGGUGGGAAGUUGUUUGGCAAGACCAGAGGUUGA